GCGGCGGCGGCGGCAGCUGGUGGGUCCUCCGAGGAGGGGCUGUGGGGAGGGCGCCGGCUGCCAGACGGACUCCGCCGGAAUGGGGGGUGUGGCUGCCCAGCCAGGGUCCUCCGGGUGGGAGAGCGGCUCCGCGUCCACCGGCGGCCGGACCCGCUUUGCCUUCUGCUAGAGAUGCUCUUCCUCUCGUUUCAUGCAGGCUCCUGGGAAAGCUGGUGCUGCUGCUGCCUGAUUCCCGCCGACAGACCUGGGGACCGGGGCCGGCGCUGGCAGCCGGAGAUGGCGGACACGAGAUCCGUGCACGAAACCAGGUUUGAGGCGGCCGUGAAGGUGAUCCAGAGUUUGCCGAAAAAUGGUUCGUUCCAGCCAACAAAUGAAAUGAUGCUUAAGUUCUAUAGCUUCUAUAAACAGGCAACUGAAGGACCCUGUAAACUUUCAAGGCCUGCAUUCUGGGAUCCUAUUGGAAGAUAUAAAUGGGAUGCUUGGAAUUCAUUGGGUGAUAUGACCAAAGAGGAAGCCAUGAUUGCGUAUGUUGAAGAAAUGAAAAAGAUUCUUGAGACUAUGCCAAUGACUGAGAAAGUUGAAGAAUUGCUGCAUGUUAUAGGUCCAUUUUAUGAAAUUGUAGAGGACAAAAAGAGUGGCAGGAGUUCUGAUGUAACCUCAGUCCGACUGGAGAAAAUCUCUAAAUACUUAGAAGAUCUUGGUAAUGUUCUGACUUCUCCAAAUGCCAAAACGGUGAAUGGUAAAGCUGAGAGCAGUGACAGUGGGGCUGAGUCUGAGGAAGAAGAGGCCCAAGAAGAAGGGAAAGGAGCAGAACAAAGCGAUAAUGAUAAGAAAAUGAUGAAGAAAUCAGCAGAUCAUAAGAAUUUGGAAAUCAUUGUCACUAAUGGCUGUGAUAAAGAUAGCUUUGUUCAGGAUAUACAGAAUGACAUUCAUGCCAGUUCUUCCCUGAAUAACACAAGCACUGAAGAAAUAAAACCUAUAGAUCAACACUUGCAGCAAACUGGAAAAACUGCUGUCUGCAUUCACCAAGAUAUAAAUGAUGAUCAUGUUGAAGAUAUUACAGGAAUUCAGCAUUUGACAAGUGAUUCAGACAGUGAAGUUUACUGUGAUUCUAUGGAGCAGUUAGGACAAGAAGAGUCUUUGGACAGCUUUCCAUCAAACAAUGGACCAUUUCAGUGUUACUUGGGAGGUGAUCUCAGUCAGCCCAUGGAAAAUUCUGGUUUUCCUGAAGAUGUUCAAGUACCUCCUGGAAAUGGUGACGUUGGGAGUAUGCCAGUGGUAGCAGUGGAAGGAAAAGGUGAAGUAAAGCACGGAGGAGAAGAUGGCAGGAAUAACAGUGGAGCACCUCACCGAGAGAAACGAGGUGGAGAAAGUGAGGAAUUCUCCAACGUCAGAAGGGGGAGAGGGCACCGGAUGCAACACUUGAGCGAAGGAGCCAAGGGUCAGCAGGUGGGGAGCGGAGGGGACGGGGAGCGCUGGGGCUCGGACCGAGGGUCCAGAGGGUCCCUCAACGAGCAGAUCGUCCUGGUGCUCCUGCGACUGCAGGAGGACAUGCAGAGCGUCCUUCAGAGACUCCACAAACUGGAAACACUAACCGCUUCUCAGGCAAAGUCAUCAACAUUACAGACUAGUAAUCAGCCCUCCUCACAGAGACCGUCUUGGUGGCCCUUCGAGAUAUCUCCUGGUGCAUUAACUUUUGCUAUCAUAUGGCCUUUUAUUGCCCAGUGGCUGGUGCAUUUUUAUUAUCAAAGAAGGAGAAGAAAACCGUGAACUGAAGAAAAUGGUGUUUUACUCAAGAAGACUACUGGGCCUGGAUGACCUCAGAAUGAAUUGGAUUGUGGCGUUCACAAGAAAGUCUUAGUUUAUGAUGAUUACAUUGCUUUUUCUUUUCCAGUAGUUUGGUUUGUGUACAUAUAUACAUACAUAUUUUGCUAUACACAAAUGAUAACAUUUUAAGGACUAAUAUCACUGAUACUUGAAUAAUCAAUUUCAACUAGGUUAUAAGUUGCAUACAUAGAUUUGUCCUACCCUUGAACUUGAAGGACAUUAAAUUAUUAAUUAUCGUUUGGUAACAUGUUUACCUGAUUAUCUCCCAUAGAGAAAUAUAAGCUGCUUUUCCAAGGUACAGUUGUGAUAAUAAGAUCAGAUUUAUAAGUGGGUAUUUUUAAUUUUCUAACUUAAACACAAGAAAGAAUGCAAACCAGGA